AAGAACUUUAGACUUGCGCCUUCGCCAGGUGACGGAGCAGCUUGCAAGCAAAAGUCGACGUAUUUAGCGAUGCGCACGAUCUUGGAUCUUCCGUGGGAUUUGUUCGAGGACAUCUUCAAGCAUCUUAACAAAGAGGCGUUUCCGCUCAACCGAUCCGAUAGGGUUCCCGGCACAAGGACGAUAACAGGAAGGUUGAGACUGGUCUGUCGUCAAUGGGCAGAUUGGUUGUAUGUCAACUACCUCUACCGUACGAUGACCUUCCGAGAUGCUUCUCAAGCAAUGCGUUUCAUCGGCCAAACCACCAAGGACCCAACACAGCUCCCAAACCCAAGAUGCCAAGAGCUUCAGAUAUUCGGUAUUUUGACUUGGGGAUCUCCACCAUCCAACCGGGGAUCAGCAAGAGUGGUGAGUAGACAAUCCGGGAAGACAAUCACUCCCGAAAUCUUGGAAGCUCUGAUCGAUUUUUUCUCCGACACUGUCGUCGAACUCUAUCUCCGAUUUUGGAAUGUCAUCUCGCUCUCCACGCAAAUAAUAGGAAGCAUAGGGCGCAUGAAAAAUUUGCGCGACCUGAAACUAGGUCACGAGCUGAAAGGAUUUAUUCCAACUCCACAACUGCAUUUUCCUAUGCACCACGAUGAUGACGAUGAUGAGUUUGAAGCGGAUAUGCGCCAGCAGAAUAUUGGAGAAAUGGCCCUUGCCCACAUGGUCGCCUACGACGCUUAUGAGGAUGAACCUCCAAGCGAUAUGGAUCCCAUCAAGUCGAAAAUCGAUCAUGAUUCUUUGAGGUCGUUGAUUAUGGCCACUCGGACUCUGGAGUCACUCGAUCUACUUGAAUUGGAUCCUAUCUGCCUCCCAAGGCCGUUCAACUCCGCCUUCCUUGAACAUCAAAUCCCGUCGACAAUUACUCGCCUGGAAAUCAGCAUGGCGGGGGAGAGCUUGUCCAGACUUAGAGAUCUCUCUUUGAUUCUCAAACGAACCCUGAAAGUGCUUUCACUUCAAAAUAGCUGGGGAGGUGACUAUCGCGAGAAGCUCGUACCAAUUUUUGAAAACCUCAGAGAAACAUUGGAAGGGCUCUUUGUAACCGAUCUGAACGACCUGACACCAACCCUUCAACUAGAGUUCCCGAAAUUGCGUGUCUUCAGAGCGAUCUUCUGGGAUGGUCGUAUUGGUCAUUAUUUGAAUCAGCCUAUGUUUUCAUCCGCCCCUCUCGACGUGCUUGUGAUUUCCUCCAAGUUACUAGACAGACCACAGACGGUAGAAUUUGGGGCUCAUCCUUUUCCGAAGCUGUCCAUGUUAAGGCGACUAGUACUGUGUGAAUGUCAUCCCGAUUUUGCGCUGCCACCAGAAUACCUAGAGGCGUGUGUAGCCGGAAAUGUUCAACCUGUUUAUCUAAGCCCCUGGGAUAAUGAUGAUAUAUCCUCAAUUAUGAGCUUAUGAACCGUCAGUUUUGCAUUGUGUUUGAUAAUGGAGUUCACCACUUUACUUUGUUGAA